AUGGCUGUUUGUGUUCCGCCACUUUACUGGUACACAAACUGGGCCAAAAUGAUAUUUGCUCUUGAAAUGUGGAAAGCACAGGGCGUAGUUCAUGUUAUCAUCUAUCACCAUUCGUCUACGAAACAUGUGUACAAGGUGCUCAGUCAUUACCAAAAAGAGGGCUUCGUCACAAUUGUUCCUUGGCCUUCGCUGCCGCAAACUCCAUUUGAAGACCCCAAUCAAUCCCUCUACCGCCUAGCACACUCGCUUGCUCAUAACGACUGUGUUUUGCGACUGAACACUGAAUUUGGAGCGCUCAUUGAUGUGGACGAAGUUAUUAUGCCCAGGAACCACACACUCAUGUCUUUUGUGAUCGAAAACUUUGCGAACUCGUCCGUCGGUGCCCUUUUGUUCAAGCACCAUACUUUGGCUCUAAACCCUAACUAUGCUGGACAAAAUUUCUCGUAUGAUACGCUAAACUUUUCCGGGAUUUGGGACGCAACCGAACUUGAAUACGAGGGACCGCCAAAGAUCCCUGAAAAAUCUGCUGCCUUGCUGCACCACCGAUAUAACAUCGGAAUCGAUUGGAUUGGGAGAAAUCCUCAAAGCGUUAGAUUGCUGCCGACUACAGCAGAGCUCAAUGCUCUUCAUAAGUCACUCAAUCACCGCAAGGAAGCUAUAUUCCCAAAUGGAGCUGAUUUUCAUUUCGAAACUCAGAUGCAACUAGGAUUUUGUCUGCAGCGGUAA